CUCAGGUAACAUGUGAGGCCAAUAGGCUAGGAGACUGCUGCUAAUAUGAGCCACACUCCACUGCUACAGAGUUUGUUGAUUGUGGUCCACCUCAGUUUCAUGUGCGGUGCAGUCCACUUCUUUGUACCAGAGGAGCAGGGGCCUGGGGUGCUGGUCGGGACACUAAGAUUUCACUACCCAUCUCCAUACCAGCUCCUGACUGUGGAUUAUCUGUGGUUGGACAGUGACACAGGGAGCUUAUACACCACAGAGAGAAGGAUGGAUCGAGAAGAGCUGUGUCCCGAGGAGACAAGAGCUGAUGGGUGUAUUAUUCGCCACACUGCCAUUGUGGGGGCCGCUGUGGAUCUUGUGCAGUUUUCUGUCAUUGUCGAGGACAUCAAUGACAAUGCGCCUCAUUUUGAAAACACAGAAAUACAUCUGAGCGUGUCUGAGGAUGUAAGUAUUGGGGCAGGAUUCUUACUGGAUGACCUGGCCCAGGACACAGAUAUUGGAAGUAAUGGAACCAUUCACUAUAUUAUAGAGGGGUCUGAUGGGGUUUUUGAUGUAGACGCUGAAGAUGAAGGAAGUAUAAAGCUGGUUGUAAAAGCAGCGCUGGACAGAGAAACCCAGGAUGAGUACAACAUCACACUGGUGGCCAAAGACAGGGGCUCACCUUCUUUAACAGCAGCUGUAGCGUUAAGAAUCACAGUGACAGAUGUGAAUGACAACUGUCCCAGCUUCAGUCCUGACAGUCGUCAGAAUGUCACCAUUUCUGGAGGUUCCCCAAAGAACACUCUGGUGGCCCAGGUCAAAGCCACUGACCCAGAUUUUGGUACAAAUUCUGCAAUUACUUACAACUUCAGUCCCAAAAUGUCCGAGCGGGCCAGGGCACUCUUCAGCCUGGAUAGCCUGACUGGAUCUGUCAUUCUGACACAGGACCUCCAGUCUGACAUCUCUGAGGAGAUAGUAUUAAAAGUGCAGGCCAGCGGUCUCCACUGCUCCCCAGCUGACACUCAGGUAACAGUAUCUGUGCACCCCAGGGCCAAAGAGGAGCCUACAUUAAAGAUUGGUUUCAUAGCAAGACAUGAGAACCAAACUCUAAUGGUAGCGGAGAAUGAGCCCUCUACUCUAUUAGCAGUGUUAGAGCUGGAGGGCAACAGAGGCUUAGAAGACCUAUCUCUUAACAUAGAGGGUGAAGUGCCUUUCACACUGAAUCAUCAGAGGGGCAAAUACCUGCUGUCGACUUCAAGGGCUUUAGAUUAUGAAGAAAAGAGACAACAUCUCAUUUCUGUGACUGUGCAGAGAUCUGAUCAGGGAUCAGUGAUCACAGUCUCUGUUCAUGUCAUCAGGGUUGUGGUGACUGAUGUCAACGAUAACCCUCCCAUCUUUCCUGUAUCCCUUUAUGAGCUGGAGGUGGAGGAAAACAAUGAGCCAGAGGCACUGCUCAAGGUCACAGCCUCUGAUGCAGACAGUGAGGACAACGGCAGAGUCACCUACAGACUGGGAGAGCACACACACAGAAGUUUUAACAUUGACCAAUACACAGGUCAACUGUUUGUUUCUGUCUCUCUGGACAGAGAACAGCAGAGACUCCACAUCAUUAGAGUUACCGCACAAGACAGUGGCUUUCCCCCUCUGGAGACUACAGUCACAGUGCACAUUCGAGUUAUGGACAAAAACGAUAAUGCACCUGUGUUUGCAAUGCCACACUUUAUCUUUUUUGUUCCCGAAAAUGCUCCUGUUUUGGCUCCAGUGGGGGCCAUAGGGGUGACAGAUGCAGAUGAAGGUGAGAAUGGAAGCAUAGUGAUGUAUGUCUCAAAUAGCAGUGGACCUUUUGUGAUACCAAACUCCAAAAAUACUUUGCACAUUACAACCAGCUUAGAUAGAGAGAUGCAGGACCGCUUUGAAUUUUGGGUGAUGGCAUCCGAUAAUGGUGCCCCAAUUCGUUUGACCUCCAGUGUAAGGAUUAUUGUUUACAUAGAGGACAUUAAUGACAACAAACCAAAAGUUAUCCUUCCUGUAAGCAAUUUAACAUGUCUAACUGUGCCACCAAACACAACGGCCGGCACAAUCAUCACACGGGUCUAUGCUGUUGAUCAGGACACUGGACUGAACUCAGAGUUGAUAUAUACUGUUAUAAAUCAAAGCAGGCCAUUCAAAGUGGACUCCAAGACAGGAAACAUCACUUUGGCACAGCGCCUCCAAGGGCCAGACUUAAGAAUGCAUAACCUUUUUGUUGUGGUCAGUGACAGGGGGAAGCCCUCUCCGCUUCACACUGCAGUUUGGGUUAAUCUGUUUGUUAACGACAGCUCAGAGACCUGCCACUUGGACUGUGAACCCCAAGAACCUUCCUGGCCCUCCCCCACCACUUCAGAGAGUGUAGGGUGUCCCACCAACCAAGAAUCAACAAACUCUCCGAAUCAGAUUCAGAUCAUCUUAUUUUUAGGCUUGGGUAUGAUGAUUGUAUCUUUAUGUCUGUUUGUGGGAACUGUUGUUUUACACAGACGAAAGAAGCAGUCCCAAAAGAAAACAAAUGAGAAUGAGGUCCCACUGAAGCUUCUAGAUAAAUAUUUCUCAGAUGAAUAGCAACGAGCAAUGUGUGUAAUCUCCUCUUCAAAUCGUGCCAAGAAUGAAUUCUGUAAAUAACUUUUUCUUCCUCUUACAUCAAAUUCUUAAGAUUCUAUGCAUAUCUAAAUACAUUUUCUGUGUG